AUGUCGCAUUCUUCCACCAACCACACCCUUUUUGGCAGCAACUUGCUGUGGAAUACAUUGGCCGUGUUGCAUGAGGUGACUGGUUUGCACAAGCGUGACUCUUCUUCCCCUCCCGCUGCUUGGGUUCCUGGAGAAGGGAGCAAGAGCAGUGUCAAUGUGGAGCUAUCGACUGGUAGUGGUGGUGGUGGGAGCAGCAGUAGCAGUACGGAUGGCAGCGAAAACACCAGGAUAGCCAACGCCAUGACCGAAAGCGGCAAGAAGAACGCCAAUAAUCCCAAGGAAUUGACCGUUUUGGAAGCCAUGCUGGUGGACGUUGUGGUGGGGACGUUGGUCAUGGUACUUGUCUACAGCGUCUGGAAUCUUAGCAAUGCGUUGGCACAAAUGCUGACGGGAGAUGAGAGUGGUGGCGACGUGGAUCAGGUCAAGUCGUCGGCCGUCAAACACUUGAACGAAAUUCUCAAGAAACGCGGCAAACAGCUCGCGAAACCACUCAAUUCGCACGAAACUCACAUUGCCGAAGAUGUCAUUGAUCCAGACGAUAUUGACUCGGAUUUCUCCGAUAUUGGUGGCAUGGAUCAUAUCAAACAAGAAGUGUGGGAGUUGGCCAUUUUGCCACUCCAACGACCCGACCUGUUUCAGGGAAAAUUGACACAACAACCCUCCGGCAUUUUGCUCUAUGGACGACCCGGAUGUGGAAAAACACUCCUGGCCAAGGCCAUUGCCAGAGAGAGUGAUGCCGUCUUUAUUCCCAUUAAACUUUCCAAAAUUCUAAACAAGUGGGUGGGAGAAUCCAACAAGUUGGUGGCUGCCACAUUCAGUCUGGCGCGCAAACUGGCACCGGCCAUUAUUUUUAUUGAUGAGUUGGACACCUUUUUGAGUGACACGGUCGAUCCAUCGGCUAGCAAAUCCAUGGAAAGUCUCAAGGCUGAAUUCCUCACCCUAUGGGAUGGAAUCACCACCAAUUGUCAUCAGGCACCGGUACUCGUCUUGGGGGCCACCAAUCGACCACAGUUGAUUGAUUCUGCCAUUUUGAGACGCAUGCCACGAACGUUUGAGGUGCCACUGCCAGACGCCAAAGGCAGAGAACAAAUAUUAAGGGUCAUGCUGCACGAUCAACCCAUGGACGAAACCGCCAAAUUGUUUCUUCCGGAAUUGGCAUCCAAAGAACGAACCAGAGGAUACUCGGGGUCAGAUCUCAAAGAACUCUGUCGUGCAGCGGCCAUGGAACCAAUCCGCGAAAUCAUGGCGGAGGAAUCGAGAAAGGCUGUCAUGGGAGAAAAGAAAACGACAAAGAAACCAACAACAACAGCAGCAGCCAAAAAUGGAAAGAACCAAACGGCAGUAGCAAAGGAGCCACCACAAUCAGCCAACACCGAGGACACCGUGCGACCAGUGCGCCAAAAAGACUUUGAAACGGCACUGAAAAAGGUCAAGCGAACGGGGCAAGCCGCAAGAGAAUAUGGACGAAACAUGGCUCGAUUCGAUGCGCAACAAGAAGUGGCGAAUGCGGUAAAUGGGUUUUCUCGGGAACAACUGGAACGAGCAGUACAGCAACUGAUUUCUCAACUCGAGAACAAUGGCCGCACCAACGGGAAAUCUUCCAACCACGACAGUGACGAUGUCGGUGAUGUUCCGCCUCCCCUUUCCGAAUAA